AUGCAUGGAGACGACUCUCUACUGGCCCCUCUCCUGAGGUCCUUGUUACAGCACAACAAUGGCUUCUAUGGGCACUACCGAGGUCAAUUCAAGAGUGAAAGUGCUCGAGAAUACCGCCUUGCAGCCAAGCCCCAGCCUCCAGCAGUGUUUCUGCAGCGAUGUCAGGAGCCGGCGCAGCAACACUUCUUUUCCAAGCAUGACAAUCGUACUUCCUUCGACAAAGGCCCCUAUUGCCUGCUGCAGGGCAUCGGGAGACGAAAAGACCUGGAGCGCCUAGGGCAGCGACACACCUUCCUGCGCUGGGCACCCUGCGAGCUGGAGUUGCACCAGCGGCCCCUUGAAUCCUCCUACCAGUCUGAUUUUCGGUCAGGCCCAGGACUUGGUGGCCUCCCCCAGCGCCUCGUCCACUUUGUGCAGGUCCGACCUGCCCGUGCCAGCACCACUUACCAGCAGAACUUCUGCCAGACAUCCUGGGGCAGCCGGUAUAGCAGCGACAAAGUGGGGCCUGAGGCCCCGGUCACCAGCUCACUGCCAGACCUCCUCGGACCCCCAAGACCUAAGCUGCUGCAGCACUACCUUCAUGCUGGGGUCUCUGAGUGUCUAAACUGGUCCAGAGCAUUAAAGAAAAAUGGCUGA